AUGAACGUCACUAAUACUUCCCCCGCUGGGACACGGGUUGAUAUCAUUGUACUUACUUUUACUGUCAUUUCAGCCAUGGUUGUUUUCUUACGUAUUUUCACGCGCUUGGUAAUAUCAAAAAGGGCUGGAUUCGAGGAUGCAUGUAUCGGACUGGCCAUGAUCUUCUCCAUCGCACUUACCGUACUGACCGCCGCACAAGUCAUGAAUGGGCUGGGAGAGCAGAGCUCGACACUGCCGAUAGACCAACGUGAUACACUACUGCAGGCCUUCUGGGCGAGUGUAGGCGUCUACAACCUCGUACUCACCACUACCAAGGUCUCCAUCCUGGUCCAAUACCUCCGUAUCUUUACUGUCCGUCGAUUCCGCGUGGCUUGUUUCGCCCUUCUGGCGGUAGUAAUCUUCUACGGGGCCUGGGCAGUCGUUUCGUCAAUCUUCAUAUGCCAGCCCCUGGCCUUCUCAUGGAAUAAGGCAAUCCCGAACGGUCGCUGCAUGAACCAACUAAUUAUAUGGGUUACGAAUGCUGCCGUGAACAUCACGCUAGACGUGAUCAUUGUUAUCAUGCCGCUGCUUGUCGUCAGAAACUUGCCCAUUUCGAAAUCUCAGAGGAAGGGGCUAGAAGCAAUGUUUGUUUUGAGUGGCACCGUCACCCUGGUCUCGAUUAUCCGGCUCUACACCUUGGACAGCAUCUCCAACUCGAAUAAUGUGUCGUUUGACAACACCGACCACGCCACCUUGUCGGUAGUUGAAGUGAAUGUCGGCAUCAUCUGCGCUUGCAUACCAGCCAUGCGCCCUUUGUUCGCCCUUAUCAUGCCGCAAUACUUUUCCGAUCCCCCACGAAAUUCCAAAGGCCGAUUCGCGAACAUGCAUAAUGCGGAACGAGGAAUGAUUGCGCCGCGCAACACACGGCCUCCUUUCAUGUCCAACCAAAUCCUAUCGAGGCCCACUACCACUACCUUCACGACAAGGCCCACUACCAUGCUCACGAGGUCUAGCACCACGGCCACGAGAUCUAGCGCCGCGCCGACAAGACCUAAUACCGCCACA